AUGGCGGGUCUCUAUAAAGGUGUACGGGCUCAUAUUUUAAACCAAAAUCCUCUCGCAUUUUUUGUUCCAUGUGCCGCAUAUAGCCUUAACCUUUGUCUCGAGGAUGCUGGAGGAAGUUCUUCUCAGGCUCAAUUGUUUUUUAGAAUGAUUGAAAAGAUUUAUGUUUUAUUUUCAGCAUCAAUAAACAGUUGGACAAUUUUAAAAAAUCAUUGUCAUAAACUUUUUAUUAAAAAAUGGGCAGAAACCCGAUGGGACAGUCGUGUGAACGCUGUGAAAGCCAUCCGAUUUCAAUUAAACGAAGUUGAAGAAGCUUUAGAGGAGAUUUCGGAUACAACAAAAGAUUUAAAAAUAAAAAGUGAAACACAUUCUUUAGCCAAAGAAAUAUGUAGCUAUGAAUUUAUUUUAAGUUUGAUAAUAUGGUAUGAUAUUUUAUGUGAAAUAAAUAUUGUAAGUAAGAGUCUACGGUCAGUAACAAUUGAUUUAGAUGUUUCAGCAAGUCUGCUAAAUAGUUUAAUUAUUUUUUUUGGAAAACUACAAAGAAAUGGAUAUAUAUUAGCUAAGUUUAAAGCAGAAGAAAUAAUAUCACCAAAGGGAAUUGAAACAAAGUUUAAAAAAAAUAGAAUUAGAAAAAAAACCAAAAUGUUUGAUUAUGAGAAUUUAGAUGUUUCUUUGGCUAACGAGGAAGAAAAUUUCAGAGUGAAGUACUUUUUAGUGUUAGUUGACCAAACGCUGGUAUCAGUUAAAAAAAGAUUUGAACAAAUAACAAACUACAAUGAACAAUUUGGAUUUUUGUACAAAAUUGGUCAGUUGAAAAAUAUGAGGGAAGAUGAGUUAUUUAAACAUUGUCAAGAUUUACAAAUGACACUAACAGAUGGUAAAUCCAGAGAUAUCUAA